AAGUUUUCAUUUUCAUUCUUCUUGCCGUCGCAUUUCAAAGGCUUCACAGCGCUCUCGAAACGAACAUCGAGACUGAAAUUCCCGAAUCUGUUCAUUUUAACCGCCGAGAGGAAGUAGUGCACAGACAAUGGAAUACUAGUUUCAUCAUUGAUCAUGCCUGAACAAACUGUUAUGAAACAUUUCUGUUAAGUAUCAAUAAACUCAAUUAUUCUAACGCGAUCAUGGACUCAUAUUCACUGAAAUCCGUGUCAGAUUUACCCGCACCACUUCGGUCGACUUUUAGUUUCAGGUACUUCAAUUCAUUGCAGAGUGAAUGUUUCCCUGUUUGUUUCAACUCCGAUACAAACAUGGUCAUUUCAGCACCUACUGGGAGUGGUAAAACUGUACUGUUUGAGCUUUGCAUUUUGAGGCUUCUUUCAAAUUUUAUUGCCGAAGGGAAGUUCGUCCAUGUAAAGGGAACUCUAAAAAGCAUAUAUAUUGCCCCAUCUAAGGCCUUAGUACAGGAGAAGGUCCGUGAUUGGAAUCAGAAAUUCGGGUCUUGGGGGGUCAGCUGUUUGGAGCUAACAGGAGAUAAUGAAACUUACAACGUGAAGAAUAUACAAGAAGCUGACAUUAUUGUAACAACGCCUGAGAAAUUUGAUGCAGUGACUCACUAUCGCAUAAAGGAUGGUGGUUUGGGCUUCUUCAGUGACAUAGCUCUUGUACUUAUUGAUGAAGUUCAUUUUUUGAAUGACCCACGUGGAGCGGUGUUGGAAGCUAUAGUUAGUAGAAUUAAAAUGAUUGCUCGCAACCCCGAAAUGAAAUCCAGUCCUCUCUCACGUGUUCGCUUCUUAGCUGUAUCUGCCACAAUCCCAAAUAUUGGGGAUCUUGCGGAAUGGCUUAGCGUCCCUGUUCAAGGAGUUAAAAGGUUUGGAGAGGAAAUGAGGCCUAUAAAGUUAACCAGCAAAGUUUUCGGCUAUGCCCCUGCUAAAAAUGAUUUCAUGUUUGAGAAGCGCCUUCAGAACUACAUUUUUGAUGUUCUCAUGCAAUAUUCAAGAGGAAAAUCUGCAUUAGUGUUUUGUUCAACUAGAAAAGGAGCGCAAGAAGCAGCUCAACGGCUCUCACAAACAGCAAUGACCUUCGGUUAUUCAAAUCCAUUUAUCAAAAGCAAGGAACAGCUGGAAAGAUUACGAGAAGCUUCACUAUCAUGCAGUGAUAAGCAAAUGCAAUCUAAUAUUCUUUAUGGUGUUGGCUAUCACAAUGGUGGACUUUGCUUGAAGGAUCGCAAUCUCAUUGAAAGUCUUUUUCUCAAGGGUGAUAUUCAAGUUAUUUGCACUACAAAUACUCUUGCUCAUGGAAUUAACUUGCCGGCACAUACAGUCAUAAUAAAAUCAACACAGCACUUUAACAAGGAGAAGGGCCUUUACAUGGAAUAUGAUCGGUCCACCAUACUACAGAUGUGUGGGAGGGCAGGUCGGCCUCCAUUUGAUGACACAGGAAUUGUCAUAAUCAUGACAAGAAGAGACACUGUCCAUUUGUAUGAGAAUCUCCUGAAUGGAUGUGAAAUUGUGGAAUCGCAAUUGCUGUCAUGUGUGACGGAGCAUUUAAAUGCGGAGAUAGUUCAAAUGACCAUCCCAGAUAUAAUAAAAGCAAUUGAAUGGAUGAAGUGUUCGUAUUUGUAUGUAAGAAUGAAAAAGAAUCCGCAGAAAUAUGCUAUAAGAAAUGGAAUUCCUAAUCAUAAUACGGAGAAGCACAUGGAAGACAUUUGCAUUGAGAAAGUAAAUGAAUUAUCUCGACAUCAAAUGAUUUGGAUGGAUGAAGAUGGCUUCCUCUUGAAGCCACUAGAUCCCGGGAGGUUGAUGACUAAAUACUAUUUGAAGUUUGAUACCAUGAAACACAUUAUGCAUGCCCCUGAAAUUUGUAGUCUAGAGGAGGCGCUACAUAUCAUCUGCCAUGCCGAGGAAAUUGCUUGGAUCCAGCUUAGGCGCAAUGAGAAGAAGCUUCUAAAUGAUGUAAACAAUGAUAAAGAUGGGAGGCUGCGUUUUCACAUUCUUGGUGAAAAUGGGAAGAAGAAAAAGCGUAUACAGACGAGAGAAGAGAAAAUAUUUAUUUUAGCAAAUGAUUGCUUGACCGGUGACCCUUUAAUUCACGAUUUAUCCCUCAGUCAGGACAUGAAUUCUAUUUGCUCAAAUGGAUGCAGAAUUGCCAAAUGCAUGAAAGAAUAUUUUGUAUACAGAAAGAACUACGAAGGAACAUUCAACUCAAUGCUUCUUGCAAAAUCUUUAUAUCAGAAACUCUGGGAUGACAGUCCCUAUUUACUCAAACAAUUACCUGGCAUCGGAAUGGUGACUGCGAAGGCGUUGCAUUCUAUGGGAAUAAAAUCAUUUGAGGAACUUGCUGAAGCUGAUCCAAGGAAAAUAGAGAUAGUCACUGGCAGAAAAUACCCAUUUGGGAAUCAUAUCAAGGAGUCAUUAUCAUCUUUACCACCGGAAGUGGAUCUGAAGCUCGAGGAAGCUGAAUGCCCUAGGCAAGCGAAGGCCAAGCUCAUAGUAACAUUAACUAGAUUGCCCCAGUCUUACCGACCAAAUAAACGACAUUACGCUGAAAUGAUUGUUGGCUCAGAAGAAGAUAACCAGAUCCUCUUUCAUGAGAAAAUAAGGGUCGAUGAAUUCUCCAGCCCCUACAGUGCAGUUGUUCUUGUCUCAUAUCCACAACAAGGAAAGUUGACGAUCAAAGCCGAUCUUAUUUUUGAUGAAUACAUUGGCAUUGAUCUCCACCGAAAAGUUCAACUAAUGGAACGAAAUUUAAACGCGAAAAACAAAUGGGGAAGAAUGCCAUUAUCCUCUCAUCCACCUGAGGAAGUAUAUGUCAUUGACGACGACAGUGAACCUCUACCACAAGCUGCAACGGAAGAGCUGCCCAUAUCUGGCAACUCAAACGCAUUACUUGAUUCCAUGCCGAGUUUCAACCUCUUAGACGAAGACUUGGAGGAAGCCAAGCCUGCAACUGGCAACGACGAAGAUGAAUGCAAAAUCAUCACUGAAAGAACUGUAUUUGACCACAUACGUGAGAAAGCUAAAAGCUUUCCUGUGUUGGCUGCAUCAAAAAGUAGCGCUCAUUCACCUGCACCAGUGACAUAUAGUCUAACUAACAAUAAGCAGCCGCUAGAACUCCAGGUUGAAGCAUUGGAAGUGACACAGAGAAAUGAACUUUCUCCUCAUGCCAAUGUGGAUUCGUUUUCAGCAUUCAGAAAGGAACUACGAAAUAAUGAAUAUCUGACCCUACAAAGCCACAUCACUUCUAAACGACAUUUCAUGGAUGUUGAUAAAGGGGACUUCGGUCUUCAGACAGAAGGAAGCAAAAUAAUUGUAACCGAGGAAACCAUAUUCGAUCAUAUUAAACGAAAAGCCAACAGUUUUCCAGUAGUACACCAAAAUUCUGAAAAUACAAAGGCAGGAGGAGGAGAUAGAUACAGCAAAUUGAAUCAGGCUUCUUCAAGAGAUUCAAGUGGUCCAAUGGAAUCCAUGCCAAUGGUGUGUUUUGAUAUCUCCAUGUUGAAGGAAAACAAGCGGCCACGCCCAGAGAGCCCUAAUAUCAGUACCAACUGGAAGAAGCAGCAGAGCCCAUCUGUAGAAAGCAGACAGAAUUUGUGCUCCUUAGAAACUGCCACGGAAAGCAGGGAAGUUGAUCCUUUUGUUGGAUUUAAGAGUGUCUUUUCAUUCCUUUGACUUCUUUCUCAUCUUAAUAUGCCAUCCUUUUGUUUAAAGAGAGGCACGUGUCAUAUUUGGGUGUG